AUGAUAACUAAAACUUUAACUGAAGAAAAAUCUUCGUCAAACUAUUUUACCGAGUUGUUAAAGUUAUCAUUAUUGGCGCACAAAUCAACAUUUAUUGUCUGGCGGAUGGAUCCAGCUCAAGGACCUAACUCAGGGAUACAUACAAAUAAUGUCCAGGGAGCACUUCGGCAGCUUGAUUUGUUGGUCGAAAAGGCGGAGCUCUAUGCUCAGGUGAAACUUAUUGGUUCUGGAACAAAAGAUCUGUCUAGUCCAUCAAGAAUUAAACAAGAGCAGCCCAUUAGUUCUCCUACUUCCCACUCUUUUGGAGACCAUCGACAUCGUCGUACUGAAAAAGAAGAAGAUGAAGAACUAUUGACCGAAACUAAGCAUAGUUCAUCUGGUAUUCAGCGUUUCGAAGCUUCUCCGUGGUAUGUAAAGGGAGGAGAGAUGCGUGAUUAUCAAAUCCGUGGUCUAAAUUGGAUGAUUCAGCUCCAUCAUAAUAGUAUAAAUGGAAUUCUAGCCGAUGAGAUGGGAUUAGGGAAAACUUUACAAACAAUAUCAUUACUUGGUUAUAUAAAACACUGUCGACACAAACAUGGGCCACAUAUGGUAAUUGUGCCUAAAUCUACGCUUUCCAACUGGAUGAAUGAAUUUGCUCGUUGGGUUCCUUCUUUGCGCACAGUUUCAUUAAUUGGAAACCAUGAAGAAAGGAGUCAAAAAAUACAAGAGGAGAUCUUGAAAAAGGAAUGGGAUGUUAUUGUCACAAGUUACGAAAUGUGUAUUAAAGAGAAGGCGGUUCUGAAAAAAUUUCACUUUAUAUAUUUAAUAAUAGAUGAAGCCCACCGAAUUAAAAAUGAAAAGUCGAAAUUGUCAGAAAUUGUCCGGGAUUUCCGCUCUCAAAACCGUCUCUUGAUUACCGGUACACCUUUGCAAAAUAAUUUACAUGAAUUAUGGGCUUUAUUAAAUUUCCUAAUGCCGGAUUUGUUUUCUUCAUCUGAAAUGUUUGAUGAUAUGUUCAAAACGGGUAAUGAUCAAGAAGAUAGUUUAGUUCAACGUCUACAUGCAGUUUUAAAACCAUUUUUGUUAAGACGAAUUAAAGCUGAUGUGGAGAAACGUUUACCACCAAAAAAGGAGUGCAAGAUUUAUAUUGGUCUUAGUAAAAUGCAACGUGAUUUGUACACCAAGAUUUUAAUGAAAGAUAUUGAUGUGGUGAACUCUGUAGGGAAUAAAGUGGAUCGUCUUCGCCUACUAAAUAUUCUCAUGCAACUUCGUAAAUGCUGUAACCAUCCCUAUUUAUUCGAUGGGCUAGAACCAGGCCCUCCGUAUACAACGGAUCGUCAUCUUGUUGAUAAUUGUGGAAAGCUGAUGUUACUGGAUAAAUUGUUGCCGAAACUUAAAGAACAAGGAUCACGAGUCCUUUUAUUUUGUCAAAUGACGCGAAUGAUGGACAUUCUUGAAGACUAUUGUUUGUGGCGCGGCCAUGAGUACUUUAGACUAGACGGAUCCACACCUCAUGAAGAACGCCAGAUUUCAAUUGAUGAAUACAAUCGUCCAGGUUCCACCAAGUUUCUUUUCAUGCUUUCUACAAGGGCUGGUGGUUUGGGUAUCAAUUUGGCCACAGCCGACGUAGUUAUCAUCUAUGACUCAGACUGGAAUCCUCAAGUUGACCUUCAGGCCAUGGAUAGAGCACAUCGUAUCGGACAAACCAAAACUGUACGCGUUUUUCGACUAAUUACAGAACAUACAGUUGAGGAACGUAUUAUUAUGCGUGCUGAGAUGAAGCUCAAAUUGGAUAACUUGGUUAUUCAACAAGGUCGUCUUGUUGAGCAAAAAUCAAACCAACUUCAAAAGGGUGAUGUUUUAGAUAUGAUUAGACAUGGUGCCAAUUACAUUUUCCGUAGCAAAGAUAGUGAUUUCAAAGACGAGGAUAUUGAUAUUAUCUUAGCUCGAGAUGAGAAUGGUGCACCAACAUCAGCAUAUAUAUUCGAGGGGGAAGAUUAUCGAGAAAAACAAUGUCGCACUUCCUUAUUAGAUGGUUGGAUAGAACCUCCGAAACGCGAACGCAAAGCAAAUUAUGCGGUUGACGCAUACUUUCGGGAAGCGCUUCGUGUCUCUGAACCUAAAGCACCGAAACCACCUCGACCACCAAAGCAACCAAAUGUGCAAGAUUUCCAGUUUUUCCCUCCUAGACUUUUUGAGCUUUUAGAUAAAGAAAUAUAUGCAUUCAGAAAGAGUAUUGGUUAUAAGGUUCCUCGUAACCCAGAUGCUGGGCCAGAUGGUGAGCGUGAUCGUCUGGAUGAACAAGCUAGAAUAGAUGAGGCUGAACCAUUAACUGAGGAGGAACUUGCCGAGAAGGAAGAGCUUUUAACACAAGGUUUCACAAACUGGUCGAAACGUGAUUUUCAACAGUUCAUCAAAGCCAACGAAAAACACGGUCGUGAUGAUUUAGAAGCAAUUUCAGUAGAUGUAGAAGGUAAAACUCCAGAUGAGGUUAAACGGUAUGCCCGUGUUUUUUGGACAAGAUGUAACGAGUUGCAAGAUGUCGAUAAGCAUAUGGCUCAGAUUGAGCGUGGUGAGGCGAAAAUCCAAAGAAGAGCUGCUGUAAAACGUGCUCUUGAUCUAAAGAUGGCCCGAUAUCGAGCGCCGUUUCACCAACUUCGGAUACAAUAUGGAACAAAUAAAGGGAAGAACUAUGUUGAGGAGGAAGAUCGUUUCUUAAUCUGCAUGCUUCAUAAACUUGGUUUCGAUCGUGACAAUGUAUAUGAUGACUUACGUCUUGCAGUUCGCUUGGCCCCACAGUUUCGAUUUGAUUGGUUUUUGCGAUCUCGCACAGCAAUGGAACUACAAAGACGUUGCAGUACUCUUAUUACUUUGAUUGAGAGAGAAAUAUGUGAUUUAGAAGACCGAACAAAACAGCGUAGUGGAGCAGGCGCGAAUAAUUUACCACUCACUCCUGCAAAUUCCGGACCAUCUAACACAUCCACAGUAUCCAACCAAAAGCGGAAGUCAACUGCAGCUGGUGGGAUUAACUCGGAUUCAACUGCAGAAAUUUCCGGAAACGCAAAGAAAAAGAAGGUCACUGCUUAA